UCCUGCUGCCGCCGCCGUCGCCGCCGCCCGCGGAGCUGCAGCCCCUUCCUCUGAGGCUUCGGCCCCGCGGCGCUGCGCUACGUGGACAGGUGCGCGCAUCCCGGGCCUGACGGAUGAGCAGUCCGGCGCGUGAACUCCCACCUCCAAUUUGGCUUGGUGCCGGGCAGCGGCGGCAGCGGCGGCGGCUGCAGCCCCGCGGUGGGGGCGGCCCCCGCGGUCUCCGCCCGGCUCCUGCGCGCCGCCUCUGCUCUUUGCAUAGUAAUAUCAGUUCCUGCAAGCACCCAGCUCGCUCCCGGAGCGGGUCUAAAAAGGACCGCUGCUCCAGAGCCCGCCGAAGCCCUCCGUGUGGCGCCGAGAACCGCUGCUUGGGACAUGCGACGGGAAAACCCCGCCACAGCGCAGGCAGUCGCCCCGCCGCGCGGGGGAGAACCGGGCCAGAGCAGAGUGCCCUGCUUUGGCAGCCUCACUCCAAGAAGACAGCACUGAGAAGAGUGGCAGGGGAAGCCAACAGACGACACGGCGACCUCGCCUGUACCAUUGCUUUGGAUGAAGUGCGUUUCCUUGUAGGAUGAGGUCCACGUCUAUGGACCCCUCAGAGGAAUCAUCCCUGACUGAGUCAUCACUCUGAGCUGAAACUGCUUCCCAGAGGGAGACAGCUCCGGGGAGAGUGCUGAGGUUUUCCUGAAGAAGAAUUCCAUGGGGACCGUACCUGACCCUUUGAGAUCGGCUAAAACUUCCUUGCUUGCAGCUUCUGGAAAAGAAGAGGAUCUAGAAGAAGUGCAGCCUGCCUCACCUCGGUCUCGACCUGCCCUCCUCUGUAAGAACACCAAUGGCCUUUCUGGCCCUCCUGAAGGGCCCGUCCUUAGCCCCAGGGCAGCUGCUGAGGCCUUGAUGCAGGCCUUUGAGCAUGAGACCACCCCGCCGGACAUGUCUUCCCCCAGUGUCUUCAGUGAGGUAGAAAAAGCGUGUCCUCCACGCAACUCUCCUGGCAAUACCCAGCUGCCGGGAAGCAGCGAGCCCACAGCACCAGCUCCGUGUUCUGCAGCAGGAAAGGAUGUUCUAGACGAAGCAUUUACAAUGCCAGCCAAUCAACACAGCCACCAGGCCAUCCCAGGCAACCAGCCUAGUGCCAGCCCCUCAGCAGGGCCUGAUGAUACGCUGCUGAAAACCCGGAGAACCUCAGACGGGGAGCAACCUGAAAAGUCAAGUUGUCCUGUGGGCAGCACCCAGGGCAACAGCAAAGCCCAUGUGCCCUGUGAUUUUCCCUCUCAAGAAGUAGUCCAGGGACUGGCACAAACUGCAAAUACAGCAACGUCUGUGUUCAGCUACACCUCCUCUCCUGGAGGCGGACCUGAAGGGGAGAGGCCCAGAGCCAUUUGUGACUCCCAGACAAGGUCCUGUGAGUCUCCAGUGAGAGAAGACGGGUGUUCUGGACAUACACGGCGCCCUGCCACCACCUCGGACAGCCAGGCCAUGACUUCUGUGACAUCUGAACCAUCCCACCUCACUAGCCAAGGGCCCACAUUUCCUCCAGAUCUGGGAAAGGUGCCGUUGCCUACACAGCACCAGGUGUCAAGGUUCAAAGAAGCAAGUACAAUGACCAAUCAAGCUGCCGGUGAGGUCCCAGAGGUUGCCAGCAGGGCUCGGCAAGACGCUGAGGUGCAGGCAGUGGCAAGUGUCGAGAGCAGGUCCGUCUCUACCAGCCCCAGCAUCCUCACCGCGUUCCUAAAGGAAAUCCCCGUUCCCGAGUGUCGGGAACCACAGGAGCAGCUGCGUGUCAUCUGCCACAGCAGUGGCCAUGGGAGCCAUAAGCUGGAGCUGUCUGACGACAUCCUAGCCCCCCAGGAGUCGAGCCAGCACCCUGGCAUCAUGCCAGAGGUGCACAUCCAGGCAACUGCGGCAGUUUCUACGGCUUGCCAAGGGGACUGUAAGUUGGGGAGCCUCCCAGGGGAGGUCCUUCAAAUCUCCGCGAUCACUGUGGCAUCUGGCAAGGCUCAAGAUAUGUGCAAGAAAGAUGGGGGCUCAGCAGGCAUGGCCCCGACAGGGGAGGAGUCCACUUCCACACAGCUUUCCAAUGUGAACUCUAGCUCCCAGAAAGCUAGCCCCACUGACCAGAUUUCUGUUCGCGCAGGAAGUCAGACUGAAACAAAUCAUGAAUUGGGGAAGUUUGAAAGCAAGCCAUCUGAGUUUGCAGUGAAAACCACAGAUGGUCCCCAAACAAACCCAGACUGCCAACUCUCUGACUCUUGUGGCCCUGCCAGCAAAGACGACCCGUCCGGGAGCAUGGAUCCCACUGCUAAAGGACAGGCAACAGAGCCUGCAUCUCCGCGCAGAGUAAAACAGCAGGAAUGUCGGGGCACCGUUAGCCUCGAAGCCAGGGCAAGGGCAGAGGCCAAGACCCUGCUGCUCAACCCUAAAUCUCAAGAAAGUGCAGGCGCUGGAUCCGCUGCCAGCCCCACGCCGUCCCCAGUCAGGAAGAACCAGGACGGUACCUCGGAAGAAAGCAGACAGACCAAGACAGCCACCAGCCUGAGCCUGCCGGCUGACUCCAUGGGGGACUCCAGCCCAGGUUCCGGCAAGAGGACCCCUUCCCGCUUGGUCAAAGCCAGCCCCCGCAGGGCCAGCCGCGUCAGCGAGUUCCUCAAGGAGCAGAAGUUAAACGUGACGGCGGCGGCCGCGCAGGUGGGACUCACCCCAGGAGAGAAGAAGAAGCAGCAGCUUAGCGCCGAUGCCAAGCUGCAGUUGAAACAGUCCAAGCGUGUCAGGGACGUCGUGUGGGACGAGCAGGGCAUGACCUGGGAGGUGUACGGUGCCUCCCUGGACCCGGAGUCCCUGGGCAUCGCCAUCCAGAACCAUCUACAAAGACAAAUCAGGGAACAUGAGAAAUUAAUCAAAGCUCAGAGCAGCCAGUCCCGGAGAUCCAUUUCCUCAGACACUUCUUCCAACAAAAAGCUCAAAGGAAGGCAGCACAGCGUCCUGCAGUCCAUGUUGCAGAACUUCCGACGCCCCAACUGCUGUGUUCGUCCCGCCCCUUCUUCUGUGUUAGACUGAAAGGGAACGUGUAUGGGAACCCUCGUGCACAGUAUUCGGUAUUCCCGAGUGUCUGUGUAUGUCAGAGCUUGCUUAGUUUUUUGUUGUUGUUUUUUUGUUUUGUUUUGUUUUGUUUUGUUUUUGAGAGAGACCAGUUAGAGAAAGCAAGUAUUAACUAUAGUAGCUAUGGCUUUGUUGGGUCCUUUGAUUAGGGCGCCGUGAAUGAAAAUAGUUCAAUUCGCAAGAAAGGACAAGAGAAAAGAAGGAAGGGUUACUGAAGGUUCAUGACCUUAAUUAAGAGGAAGUAAUAUUCACUGGGUUUUGUUUUUUUUUUUUUAAUUAUGAUGUUGCUUCUGGAACUAGCAUUAUCAUUAAACGUGUCAUUUAGAAUUACUGCCUCAAUUUAUAACACUGGUAUUUCCACUAAAAUCCCUGCUUAAUAUUAAAAAUAGCAAAAACACUUUAAGCAAAAGCACUGUUAGACUCUCUAGUCGUAUUGCAAUAAGAAUGCCACUACCACACAAAAUUUAAAUAGAUGAUAAGAACUAAAAGGUAAAAAAUGUGAAACAAAUUUUGACUCACUCUUAGGCCAGAUGACAUUAAGUAAAAACAUUUAAAUGCAUAAAAUACCAAACAUGAAUUAAUACUUGUAAACAUGUGCAGAGAGCUGUUUUUGUAAACCUUGUUAUACCGUUAAUAAAUGUAAAGAAGUUACGUUAGGAAAAUGAGCUAAGUUUUGAAUGAAUACCGCCCACGUAAAACAUGAAUUUGUAUAAACAGAUUUCCCUGCAUGGAAGGCAAGAGACAGCUAGCUCUAUGAUUCUGACUGGAUUAAAUUCAUAUCUCUUUAGAGGAAGUACAUCGACCAAAUUCUUGGAAGGAGUCCUUGAAUUAUUAAUAAUACUAAAGUUUGUGUUGUACAGGUAUCCUCCAAAAACAUCCUACUGAGAGUAUUAAGGUUUCAGUAAAGAAUUAUGAACAGCCAGUUUACCAAACGCUCUCUUCUCUGUGUUGAAAAAAAAUAACAAAAGCAAUACAUUUAAUUUUACCUCCUGAAAACAGGCUGCAGUUUCUGUCUUUCUUUUGACUUGCUUGGUCAGUAGCUACUUGUUCAAUAGUAGCGUCUAAUAGAAAAUGUAGUCGACACCAAAUAGAACAGAAGCUUCCGCACAGUUUUUGUUAUGUAGACGAGUAUCAUGUAAUUGCCAAGUUUCUAAUCUGUAGUAAAAAGGUAGCCUGUGUGAACUUACUGAUUUUAAGAGAAAUACCAUCUUAUCUCGUGCUUCAAAUCCAAUAAAAGAGGCCUUCACUAAAACGGGGUUUGAGCGUCAGGUGGUCUAUAAUUUUUGAGAACAUAGGCAUAUGUUUGAGCUCAGCCCGCACCUGUUUCUGGAAGAGGAGCAUGUCCUUCUCGCCCAGGACUGUCUUACAGGGCACCGGGCUGGACGAUCAGCAGUGGCUUGAGAGCUGAGAGAGUGUGGAAGAGGGAAAUGAGAUAGAGCCCUGGAAAAGUUUCCCCUCCUAGAUUCAUUGCAGGGAUAUUGCUGGUGUCCACCUUGCAUUAGAAAAUCAGAUUGAUUAGCAUGUAAGGGGUGCUCGCUGGUUGCCUUGCCUGAGCUAGUUACCCUCGAUGAGUCCGAAAAGAGUGUCUAGCCAUGUAUUCCCGCUCUGUGGAAACUCACAAAUGCCACUGGUGCAGGAAGCUCAGAAUCUCUGUUUUGGCCUCUUUUUUUUUUUUUUUUUAAAUUAUUCUCUUUUGCAGAUUCUGCAUAUAUAGGGCAAAAUCAUACCUGAACUGUAACACCCACAUGCUAAACUGGGCACAGCCGUUUAUAGCCGUUGAUUUCUUGCGAAGCAAUUGGAGUGUAUAUGAAGACCGCCUAAAAGGCUCCAGUCCCAGUGCUCCCAGGGCCUCAGAAAUAAAAUUACAGUUGUUAUGCUUGGAACUGAUAAUGAAUUUUUUUUUUAAGAUUUUAUUUAUUUGACAGACAGAGAUCACAAGUAGGCAGAGAGGCAGGCAGAGAGAGAGGGGAGGAAGCAGGCUCCCUGCUGAGCAGAGAGCCCUUUGUGGGGCUCCAUCCCAGGACCCUGGGAUCAUGACCUGAGCCGAAGGCAGAGGCUUUAACCCACUGAACCACCCAGGCGCCCCUGAUAAUGAAUUUUUUAAUGAGGUGCGUUUUUCCGUUUCUUACCAAUUGGCCUCUAUUAAGAACAGUACCUGUAAUAGAAAUUGCCAUCAAAUUAGCAAUCACAUUACUAUUAAUGAUGAGAGAUUUACUUUGGGCCUUGAAUAUCCAUUCGUAGUAGUGUUCCUGUGGCUUUUGUUGGAGAUCCCUCUGCCAGGCUCUAGUCUCGCUCUGAGCCCGUCCUCCCUGUCUGUCUCCCUCAGGCGUUGGCCUACAUGCUGUAUAUGCACGGAGAACACCCUAGGUACACAGUAGCCGCUGUCAACAGUACCCGCCCCAGACUGGUGGGCCCCAGGUAAUCCUCUGCCGGGAAGUGGCUAGAACAGGCUGUUCCGGCAUUAAAAUAGGAGAAAAAGAAGAAUUUAAGCAUCUGGGAAUAAUAUUUAUUUUCAUGAGUUUGGUGUCACCACAUGAAUUAUAAAGAGCUCAACUUAACUUAUAAAUUUGUAAUUCUAAAUUUAUAAGUUGUGAAGUUUAAAAAUUAUAAAUAAUUCAAAUUAAAGAUGAAGCAGAAGCCUGAGAGAGUUGUCGGCCUUUGUCGCACAGGAAACAAAUUAGGAAAAUUACACUGAAUUACUUAAAACUAAAUUCAGCAUUGCGGUGGUGCCUCUCAGGGUUAAGACUUCAUGUUUGAUGAAGUACCUCUAACCGGAUUUUUUUGGUACUGGAACUAGCCUUUCCUUCUUAAGCUUUAAUGGUUUAACUCUUCACCUUUACUUUACUCCCACUCCAGGGAUUGUCACAGAAUAGGAGGAAACCUUUCUUGUUUGGUUGUUUAUUGACUCUUAAGGAAGGAACAGCUUUUCAAAACAGUAAUAAAAUGGACCAUCAAAUGGCCAAUUAAGGAGACUAUUGAAGAUAAGCUCUGCUUUUGCUAUAGGAUACCCUGAGUACUCAAACCACAUAAAACCUUGAUUUGAAGAUUUUCCUUCCCUUCAGUCUGUGACACGGCAUUGACAUGCAGGAAGGCGUUCCUGACGCUUUAGGUUCAUCCAACAAAUGAACGUGGAAAACGGUUUUUGUGGCAAAUUCUUUGAGCUUGUUUGGCUCUAUUCUCACCUUACCUGUAUGACAUAUACCAGGUUGAAAGUUGGUUUUAUCCUUAAUUUCUUUUAGAUGUUUUCCUCCUCCUGAAUGCUUUUUAGUCAUUGAAAUAUAUGGAGGAAAUACCUUAUUGGGUAGAUAAAUAUAAAAUAUUUCUUAAGCCAGUAGCAUAAGAGAGAUGAGUUAGAACACAGUGCCUGGAAGAUAAUGAGACAUUUAAGAUGUUCAGAUGCUAUAUGGCUUACCUAGUAAAUACUAGAAUUUAAAUAUUGAUUUUUUUUUCUAUUUUAAUGACCGUAAGAAAUAUGUCAUUGCGUCAGCUAUCCUAUGUUUAUCUUCAGUGCUUUCCUAAUCAUCUCUUUCUGGAUUAUUGGCUUUGAUGCCACAGACCAACCGCUUUACACAUAGUAAAAUCCUCAUUUAUGUUUGUGUUUUGGACCAAUGGCAUAAGUUGAACAUUUUGUUAGGUCAAAGAAACCUUUAUGUUUGCGUCCAAAAUGAAGUAUUUAUAAAAUAUAUUGGUAUGUUUUCCUAUCUUGACAAGUUCAGCUGCAUUGAAUAUAACUCAGUUUUUGAUGAUUUCUGAAUCUUUAGAAUUGUCUGAUAAUUGUUAUUUUGGAUACCAGUAUUCUUCAUGUUACUGCUUACAGAGCAAAAGUUAAAUAAACUGUAGUGAAUAUGCAUGUGUAUCAUACACCCUAGAGGUUGAAUUUUGGAACCAAAUCCUUGAUGGGGCUUGCCAUUUUAAGGUAGAUAACAGAAGAAGAAAAUGACUUUGGGUUGCCUCUGAGAGUUUUCAGGUUUUAUGGUUCCUCGCUUAUUCCAAUGUUAUUCCUCUCAUUUCUAGGAAUUCCCAUCAUUCCGGGGGUACCUGUAUAUACCACAUGAAGAUUAUAAUAUAAUGUGACUUUAAAAUGUGUUUACAGAGAAUAUAUAUAAGUGUGCUGUUAAAGUAAAUUAUUUGGCCUUUGCUGUAUCCACUCAGUUACUGUUUGCUGCCAAAAUGUGAGAAAAUAUCUUCUAUUCCUCCUACAUAUUGUGCAAGUGUUAAAAAAAAUUUGUCCAUUUCUAGUAUCAUAUAAUUCACCACUUCCCUUGUCUACUUUUUAAGAAUCAGUAUAAAGAAAACAAUACCUUAGGAUAAGGUUUGCAUAUACAUAUAUGUGUUUUUACUGAAAACUGGGCCUUUGCAGCCAUGGGUAGGCCUCGACCAGUCUGAUUUACUCAUCGUCUACAAUGCUGCCAUGGAAAUGAUGCUGUUUACUCUCUCCUGCUUUGUCCUGAGUGGUAUUUGAGAAAUGAGGCCUGUGAAUUUCCCUUUGUGAUAAUAACAGGGUGAACUGAGCAGUAUCUUGGAUAAAUGAGCUGACCAUCUUGUCCCCACCCCUAUUUUGUCUACACAGUGAACCAGAAGUCUUGUCUGUGUCUGCUUCAGUGUUUGCUAUUUUAUAUUGAUAUCUGAGCAUUUUGUUUUCUGUUAGCAAUGUUCUUUGAUGCUGUGUGUGGCCCUUUUGGUUGAAUCUCUCCAAAUGUGGGUCAGCUGCUGCCACCUGGCAAAUAACAGGUGAUACACUGAAUCUCCUGUCCAUUCUUGUAACUAUAUCCUUCUUCAUGAAAUUCUGCAACUCGCUGAGUAAUUACAACCGUCAUCUGUGCAGACACAUGGGCUUAAGGAUGUCUACAAAAUUUUAGACACUUUUGCAAAAGGGUAAAAAUAUAGUCUUGUAAAUACUGAAACAUUUCCAUGAACUUUAUCCUACUCUUGGGGGGAAAAAAAUUUUUCCUUGGCUACAGAACCAAGAUAAACUUGAUUUGUGAUGACCAAGGACAUAAAUGAAGAUGGAUUGAGGUGGAAAAAAUCUGUCUCACAAGUAAUCAGUGACAUCUGCCAGAGGUCAUUACAGCUACUCUUAACUGUGAACAUUCACCAGCUAAACUACUUACUUGCCACAACCAAAUAACCUCUCUCAAAGUAAAUCCAGUAUAUCUGUAUAUAUAUGUAGAUAGAAACAACAAAAAAAAUCCUGAAAAAUUACUGUCGACUAUCAGUUAAAUCAAGGUGAUGAUAAUUGUAAAGAACAUUUAAAUCACCAUGGGCCUUGGUGAAAUGACCUUGCAGGCCAGAAUGGUGCAACAAGAUGUUAUUCACAAGUUUGGUGUUUUGUUGUUGUUUUUUUAAGACCCAGAUAUCUCAGAUACUUAUCUUGAGAAUAAAGACUGUUGAAAAUGAAAUUAAAGCCAAGCAAUAAUGUGCCAAAAAGAGGCAGUUAAUACCAGCAAGUGCAUCUCUAUGGGCACUCCAUCAUAGAAUAUGGUUUGCUCCAUGAAGACUGACUGUAACCCACAGGAUAAAAUAAGCAAAAGCAUAACUUCUGCUUUCUUGCUAGAAAUACUUGUUUAGGAGCUCCAUUACAGAGGUACGGCACCGGUGAGCAUCAGUAGGGAUACGGUCGACAUCUCUGUCUUCAUACUAGCGAAGACAAAAAGGAGUCAAAAAGUCUCACGAGCUUAGAAUUCAAGCCAGCUCCAAACCGAAACUUCAUUGAAACGGAGAGGUUAGACACAUAGUAAUCACUCUUCCUGGAUAUUUGGGUGUAGAAAACCCACUUAACUCUGCCUAGAGGAUUACCAGCCUUAGCUAUGAAAAAAAUGGGUUCCAAAUGUAAACUAACUAAAACAUGAGUACUCUCUUCAAAAGGGGCCUCAAAUAAUGCCUUACAGAAAAUGGUGUUCCAGAUGGGUGUUUCUAAGUACUAAUCCUUCAUCAAGUCUUUUUUCAGUUCAAGCUCAGAAUCAAUUGGCUGCACACCUGUAGGAAUAAGUCACAUAUUUUACACUUCAGAAAAAGAUUCUGAUGACCAGUCAGCAUGGUGAGAAUUACAAUUAGAAAUACCCUAGUGAUUUAAGUGUGCUAAGGAGAAAAAAGUGGGAGAGAAGUGCUAACUUCCUUCUUGAUCUCUUAUGAUGUGGGGAUGUCAUCCUUUUAUUUGCAGGGUGAAAAUUAUAGCUUCUUUUUGACGUUGCGGCUAGCAUUACUCUUUGUUACUUUAAAAAAUUCAAGUGUCUAUUUAACAAAGCUUUUAAGCACGUAAAUUUUUUUCUGAUUCGUAUCAUUGCUCUAAUAUCCCGUAAAGACUACCUAUAGAGCAAACUGUGCUGAAUGGGUAGAAGGGGCAUACCCAUGUUUAUCAGGAUCUCCUCAUGAUUGUAGUUGAGAUUCCUUAACAUUUAUUUUAGGCCACAUCUUUGAGAGAAUUGUUUUUCCUAAUGUUUUUCCAUCACCUCUUGAAACUAUGUUGGUAAAUACGAAGAUAGCAGUAUUAUAGUCACGCUCUGCCAUCCCUAGAGGAAAGGAGAGACUAAUUUUUGUUUUUAGGAGACAUCUAGAGAUAGCUUUUCCUGAGGCUGAGAAAGGUCAACAGGGCCUGAAAACUCAAGAAGGAAAUAUACUAAUAAUUACUAAAUUUCCAAAUGUACUUAUCUCUGCUGUACUAACGUGUGAACAGUAUGUUGUGCAUAAUACUAUAGCUGGUCGUGGUGCGUCAAUGCAUUUUGUAAGUGUGUACAGUCUGUGAGUGGUUGGUUUCUCUUUUUAUGUGUAGAAAAAAAAAAUCACAUGCUGUGUCCCAGUUCUGCCAUCAAGUAGGCACAUGUACAAACAUGAAUAAAGCCAACAGAAGUGUGCAUAUGUAUUCAGUAACAGAAUUUGUCCUUUCAUUUUUGAAGGUCAGAAAGGGCUGUUUUGUUUGUUUGUUUCUUUUAAUCAUCUCUGAAAGUCGAUAAUGUACUUAUCUCAAAGGCUGAAUAUGUUGGCUGUACACUGGCAUGUUACUAAAUAGGCCGGCUUAAUUAACCGUGCCAUUUGUCACAGGUAAGGUCAGUUCUUUGACCGCUGGGAUGAUUUACAUUCCUCACACAUCCUUUCUGUGUUAAGUGUGUGGCUAGGAUGUACAUACUAUGGGUGUGAUUGUGUACAUACCUUGUAUGAAUUAUCUAAAUCCUCAAGGAGUCGUAGGAAAGCAAGAAAAAGAAACAGUUGUUCAAAAGCCUCAAAAGGGCUAAUCAAUGAGUAUUUUCAUUGUCUGCACAUAAAAAUGUACACAUGGCAUAACUGUAAAUAGCUUACACAGCUAUAUAUAUAUAUAUAUAUACACACACAUACACAUAAAUGCAUUUUAUUCAUACUGUUAAUAUUUAAAAUCACAAAACAACUAAUUGGAAACCGCAUCUUUCCAUGACAGUUCUGUUCUACAUACAUUAAUAUUGAAUCAAAUAACUCCCCAGUAAAUGGUGUUCUACUCCCAGGUAGCAGAUUUGGUGCUUCAGAAAGCUGAGCCUCACUAUGAAAAUCUAGUCAGUGUCUCACUCAGGCAUAGACUGGUACCUGAGCAGAUUCAAAGGUUUGAUGCUACUGUUCAUGCACCUAAUUUUAUAUCUGGUAAAGGCAAACAGUAGGGAAAAUUAAUGUUUUGUAGGCUCCAUUUGUACACUUACUUGCACAGGCUGGUAAAAGCCCUACCUUUUUUUAGAGAACCGUCCCUAGAUUUCAAAACACUCAAAGUGGAAAAUGAUUGUAAGCAUUCUGUUGAGAUUGGCAAAACAAUGUUUAGCAACGCCAAAGAGAAGUCAGAGUGAAAUUUUUUUAAAAACUGCAGAUGAUGUUGGUAGGAUAAUAGAAUAUGAACAAUCAGGAGUUCCUUAAAUGGACUCAAAUAAGUUACUAUUAUUGAUAACAAGCAAUGCUGUGUGAACUAGAUAAUGAGAUGAGAGACAUUAGCCAGGAAACAUCAACACCGGACAUUUGUCAAUUUAUCACAAUUCCAGUUGGCGAACUGAUGUUUGAGUUUCUCUCAUUUUUUCUAAAAGGAAAUACUCUAUUAGAGAUAAAAAUUCUGAUCUGGUUCCUAAAAUCUAAUCAAAUUUGACCCUGAUUUCCUGACACUCAAAAUUUGUUGGCUGGAUAUUAGGUUGAAGAUUGAAAUGGAUAUAGGAAAGUUCCCAUUAAUAGAGAAUUCUGAGUGGCAAAGUGUAAAAAUAACCACUUCUCAGUAGAAAGUUAAUAAUAUUUAAUACAAAUCUAUGUUUUAGAGAAUGAAUGUGCCAUCUUUAUAUCAUAGAUAAAAAUAAAAGGUUAACCAAUAAUAACACUACAAUUACAACUGAGCUCUGUUUUUUAACUGCUAAAAAUAUACUUGUUUAUAAGAGCAGGAUACCUAAAAUCUUCAUGUUUGUCAAUUAUUUCCUAUUGCUUAAAAGAUAAAUUCAUGUAAUUAUUUUGGAAUAUGUGUAUUAAUUUAAAUGCCACCCAGAAAAACUAUAUAGCUAUCAAUGUGAAAAUCAUUUAUGUGUAUAAAUGCUCAACUGAGAAAGACCAAAAGUAUAGUGUUAAAUCUCUAAAGAAACAGUAAUAUUCAAAGUGAAUUCCAUUUAUGAAUGUAUCAAUAUUAGAAUUUAAAUCUAUGUCUUUUCAUGAUGUCUAUAUAUGAAAGUCAUAAAAUGGUUUAUUCAAGAAAGCCCCCAUCCUCCAGGAAUUAUCCUACAUUUCCUAGGAAAAAGAUGGAAUCUUAAGGUUUAUAUAAGGAUAAAUCAAGAUUUUGAAAUUAUAUACACUUCUGUUCUCAUUUUGGAUUUGAUUUUUGAAUGAAGGAAGGAAGGAAAUUUAAUGGAUGACUUAGUUUCACCCUGAAAAAAAUUUAAGUAUGAUUUUUUUGCAUUUCAUUUUCCAUAAUAAACAUAAUAUAGAUGAAAAUUUA